AUGUACAUGCGACGAAAAUGCCAGCAUUGCCGCCUCGAGAAAUGCAUGCGAAUCGGAAUGAGAUCAGAGUUGGUCAUUCCGGAGGAGCAAUGUCCGAAUGAAGCGAGAAGCAAAACUUCGUCAGAGAUCAAACCCUCGUGA